AUGGUCUACCCGGGACACCCGAGUCGUGGAUGUUAUACCUGUCGCUUUCGCAAAGUCAAAUGCGAUGAGAGAAAGCCAAUAUGUCUGCGAUGCACGAAAGCCAAACGUCAUUGUGAGGGUUAUUGUGACUCAGACGCCAACCAUACGCCUGAGAAACAGAGCACAGCGCCAGGAUCAAAUGUAGACAUGCUCGUGGCUAAAUGGAAUAGCCAGACUACUGCUCAAAGUAGUGAGUUCUGGGGGAGCGUUUGGAUGAGGGCACAAUUUACUGCUCUGUUACGCUCUCCUAUUGCGGCACUUGAUCAAACCAAUUUACAUCGUCUUUAUGUAGACAUUUCCGUCACCAAUGCCUUCCUCGCCACUUCUACCGGCUCUAUCAGCCUCAUCCUUACCUUCAUCGUGCGAAAGGAUAACGGCCGACAUGCACAAGAGCAAGCCAUAGACAGUUACCACAGGGCUCUCCAGCUUACCCGCCAGAUAAUUGGUAGUAACACUACAAGUAGGCGAAAUGAAGUCAUUCUCACUAUGCUGGUGCUUAGUAUGUACGAGGAUUUGACUAACCCCUGCUCCAACCAAUCCAUAUUCAAUCCACAUCUCGGAGGCGCUAUCGCCUUUGUGAAGUCCACGCAAGAUAUAGUCUCGUUCCAGGACGAGACGAGCAAAGGCUUAUAUAUAGCACUCCUCACCCGAUUCAUGCCCGCCUGCCUCAUCACCGACAUAACCCACAGUAUUGAGGGAUUCCCCUUCACGAUCCCAGAGCUUCUCACCCUGCAUGAUGCACUGCUUCGGACCCCUUUCGUCUCUCCGAGGUCCCAGCUACAGCUUCACCUUUGCAAGCUAGCAAUUCUCCACUUACAAAUCUCGGAGGCUGCUAGCACCCUGAGCUCAGGACGUAUCUCCUCAACUACUAUCACUGGUAUACUCGAUUCGAUGAACACCAUCACCCACCAACUUUCACAAUGGCUGAGCUCCGUCCCCAAAGAUUGGAUAUAUACAACCAUGAUAGUCCCUUCCGAGGAUUGGAAUCUAUGGACACCAGUAGCACACAUCUACUCAUCGUUCUGGGUCGCGAAUGACUGGGCGCGCUAUCGCACAUUGCAAAUAUGUGCAUGUCACCUAUGUCUCCGCUUCUAUCAUCUCCUCGCCGCCACCAAUACGGCAUCAAUUCCUCGGAGCAGUCUCUAUAGCGAUGUGUCUACGGCACGUGUGAAGAUCCGCAACCUUGCCAAUGAUAUAUGCGCGUCCAUGCUGUACCAUUUGGGUUAUAGAUGCAUGGGGUCUGCUGCACGACAGUACCCGAUCGAGGCGUAUCCUCAGGGAAAGUACGCAAGGUUAGUGUCGGCAUCUCAAGUCGCAUGGCCAUUAUACGUAGCAGGCAUUGUGGAGGGGGUAGAUGCCGCUCAGCGAAUGUGGAUUGCAGGCCAGCUGGAUGUCAUAGGCGAUGAUCUUGGGGUUAAACACGCGAGUACAAUGGCGGAGGUGGUCAGAGAGCUUGCGCUCAGAGAGUGA